UCAUCUUUCGGAUUCAUCCAUCACCCUUUGCUUCUUUCAUCUUAUCACCUCCCUCUCCACUUUGAUUUCUCCCCAAGCCCCAAGGCAGACCUACCUCCUCUAGCGAAAGUGAAGUUGGGAACUACGGAUGAGGCUUUAGAGUCGGGGAGUGCCGAGGGAGAGCAGAGUCAUGGUCGCUGGCGUCGCAUCCUAUUCAUCCGUGGUGCCUCCCAUCCGAGUCUGAAUCUUCCCAAAUCUCACAUUGCAACCCAAUCAUUGAGGAAAGUCCCCCACCGCUGAGGAUCCCUCCCAAGGCUGUGAAGACUGAAGAGAGACGAGACGUGCAUCCCGCCGCAGA